AAAACAAAACCUUGCCUCGAAGUCAGGUGGCGAAAUGCCCACUAUCAAGUUUUCCGAGGUUUUGUCCUUCACCAGCGAGGAUCCCAAUCACCCCGCAGAUAACCUCCUGAGGCAGGAAACACAUCGGAAAUGGAAGUGCGCAGCAGGAUUAUCAGAGAAACAAGCAUCAGUCACCUUGAAGUUGGAGCGGCUUACGUCCAUUCGUUCCAUUGACCUCGGCAAUGCUGGGUCAGCAUUUGUGGAGGUUCUGGCAGCACGGGAAGAUGCCAACUUUAAGGUCCUCCUUGUGGCCUCCUCGUUCAUGACCCCGAUAGAGUCCAGAAAUGCAUCAGAUCUCCACAGAGUGCGCAUGUUUGGGCCUGACAAACUGAACAAAGACGUGGCCAGUGAGAAGUGGGACCGCAUCAAGGUGGUGUGCACGCAGCCUUUCAACAAGAACCUGCAGUAUGGGCUCUCCUUUGUCACAGUUUCAUCUGCUGGCGAGCAGGAGGCAGCCCCCACAACUCCAAAGGCAGUUAAGCUUGGGAGUUUUACCCUAAAGGAGGAAGAUGAGUCUGACCCCAUAUCCAUUGGGUCCGUCUUCGCACGCAGAAGGGAGAAGGAGGCUUCAUCCUCCCCUCUCUCAGGUGCAGCUGCAAUCAGAGCUGCCUCGGCCGCAGCAGCAACAACCUCAACAGCAAUGGGAGGAGGAGGGGGGGGAGUAAGUAGCCCUGGACCGGGGAGCCUAAAGAGAAAAGCCCUGGAAAACUCGCCCGAUGUAGGCUUCUACCAACUGAAGAAGAAGCCCGCACAUGAAACAACAGAAAGCAGAAACAAAGAACGUGACAGACCAAAACUGGAGAGGGAAGGGAGCAGCACAGAGAGGAGGAAUACAGCAGAGAGAAAGGAGGAAAAGGAAAAGAAGAAGAUUAACGAGAGAGAGAGAGGAGGGGGCGAAAGCAGUAGCAGUAGAAAGAACAGCGACCGAAGAAAGGAGGAAGAGGAAACAGAUAAAGAUGGAGGGGAGACAAAAAGGGAGACCCACAAGAAGAAGCGAGAAGGAAGCACAGGGGGAGAAAGAAAGAGGGAGAAAGAGAAUCUCCCAACAACGUCUCAAAAGAACCAGAGGAAGACCGAGCCGUUUGCGUCCCUAAUGAAGGACGUAGUGUUUGUUAUGAGCGGCUACCAGAACCCACAGAGGUCUAACCUGCGCGACAUGAUGCUAGAUAUGGGGGCAAAGUACAAGCAGGAUUGGGAGCCCUCUUGCUCGCACCUCAUAUGUGCUUUCACCAACACACCCAAAUUCCUUCAGGUGAAAGGCAAGGGAAAGAUUGUGACGGCCAAAUGGAUCACCGAUUGCCACAAGAACAAGAUACGUUACCCAUGGAGAAGGUACCAGCUGGAGCGCGGGCGUAAUGCAGACGAGAGUGAAGACGAGGUUUGGGCUGAAGAACUCUUGCCCAGGGAGGAGCGUCGUGCCAAGUCUCCUGGCCAGAAACGCCGACCUUCAGCUGCAGAUGCUGCUGACACUGACAGUUACAACAUGGCAACAGACAAUGAAAGUGAAGAAGACACAGAUGAUGAAAUACAAAGAGUACUGGCUAAAAAGAAGACAAGUGAAAGAGAGAAAGAAUCAGUGAAACUUCAGCGAAUGGACUCGGCAGAGAGGAAAGACAAGAAUGGAGAGAAGAAGGAGCCAGUUCCAAGAAAAGAAAGAGAAACAGAAAGAGAAGAAGAGGUGGAAUGCAGAAGAGAGGAAGAGCAGCAGGUGAAAACAGCCAAUGGGAAGCUCCGAGGGGAAGUUGGAGCAAAAAGGGCCAAGGUGGAGACUUCAGGGGAUGAACCCAAGAAGACGGUCAAUGGACGGAAGGAAGGAGCUGGUAAGGAGCGUGAGGCGUCAUCCUUGUCCAUAGCAGAAGGCUGGGAAAAGCGGAAAAGAGGGAAGCAGGGGGAAAAGGGAGGAAAGACAGUGGAAAGGAAGGAAGCGGAAGCAAACGGCUUUGCAAAAGGGGGCAAGAGAAAGCAGGAGGAAGACGAGACGGAGGACUAUGAUGCUGACACAGAUGUAGAUGAGGACAAUAAGAAGUAUCUGCAACCUCCCGAUACCUCAGCCCUACCCCUCCCCUCCCUGGGUGACCACUUCACUGGCAAGACCUUCUUCAUCUACGGCGGGAUGGACGAACGCAGCAAGAAGAUGGUGCGGAGAUAUGUCAUCGCUUUUAAUGGGACACUGGAGGAGUACAUGACUGGAGAAGUGCAGUAUGUAGUCACCGAGGACGAGUGGGAUGAGAACUUUGAUGCCGCCCUGGACGAGAACUCGAGUCUGCAGUUUGUGAAGCCGACAUGGAUCUGGCAGUGCAGCAACAAGGAAAAGUUGGUCCCUCAUCAGCCGUACCUGGUGGUGCCCAGGGAGUGAGAGCGGGGAAGGGGGAAGGGGGAAGGGGGGGAGGGGUAGGGGUAGAGUCAAGGUAGAUUACCCAAGCAAGCAAAUGAGAGAAGAGAGCAUGGCUAGGAAUAAGGGGGGGGGGGGGAUAUAUAUACACCCAGGAAGAUGAAAUGCAAAGAGAUGCCUUUUUUAUUUCUUUACUUUUCUUUCAGUUUUUUACUUUUCUUUCAUUUUUACUUUUCUUUCAUUCUUUUGUCUCCCCUCCCUCUCCCUCACUUUUUAUUUGCUUUUAUACCAAAGAAAUUUUCUAUACAAUCCAUAUUAUGGAUGAACUACACGGCACAUAUAUUUUGUGAUGUAAAAGAGGAAAGGCAUGCUCUACUUCCUCAAAUCUCCGGUAGACAUCUCUAUUUAUAUAUGUGUAUAUAUAUAUAUAUGUAUGCAUCACACAUGUACAUACAAACACCCGCACAGACACACAUGCACACACACUUUAAAUUGAAGUACAAUUACCUCCCAUUUUGAUGGAAUGCCUUUGUUUUUAUACCUCAAAUAGAUGAAAAUUCGUAAUAUAUUACCUUCCCAAGAUAAUGAAGAAAAAGAAGAAGCAAAGAAUAGGAAUGAGAAAUAAAAUAUGAAAAAAAGAUUAGUAAAAUUAGGAAAAGGCUUAAUUUGAGAAAAAUGUGCAACGUUUAAAAAGGACUAAAAAAAAAAAAAAAAAAAGACACCAGCAUCCACUUCUCUAUCACAUCAGUAUAUAUACAUACAGGAUUGAUGUAACAAAAAUUAAAAAAAAAAUAAAAAACAAACAAAAUGAUUUCCCUGUGUUUAUGUAGAAUGAUUUAAUUUGUAGAACUGUGUUUUUCUAUAUUCUUCAAGGUUAUUUCUAGCUAUUUUUGCACAAGAUUUACUCACAGGGCAGAAGAGGGGCUAGUGUUAUACCUUGUGUUAUAAUAGAAUAAUAUAGUAAUAGUAUAAUAUAGGAACUAGGUUGGUUGGAUGAGUAGGAGUUCACUUGUGUUGAAUCUGACCUCUAUUUAAUUUUUGUUCUGUUUUCUUUUCCGGAUUGGAUUUGACUAUUUUUCUCCUUUCUGCGUCAGUAUUUUCAGUUGCUUUUCAUAUAUACAAUUUACUGCAAAUAUUAGAGAAAGAGGAAUGUGUGUAAGUACAUGUACAUGAAUUUCGUUCCUGGGACUUGUAUUUGUAUCUCUUCCUAAUUAAAGCAACAGUUGUUAACAGCUAAAUCAUGGUAACUACCAAAUCAAAUGAUGAAAGUGAGAGCUUAAAAUGCAUACUAAAUAGACCAUAUUCUUUGUUAAUGAGAUUCCAGAUAUUUAUUACAUGUACUGUACAAAUUACCAAUAAAUGAUUGGGAUUAAAGAAAUAUUUUUUUUUAAAUUUCUAAUCCUUCUAAUGCAAAAAAAAAAAAAAAAAAACACAGAAGACUAAUGUGAAACUCCUAUAUUUAAUUAUUAAUGUUUUAAACAUAUAAAUGUGCUAGACAUCAAAGGUCAUACAGCACUAUGGUAAUUUAUUGAGGUGGGAGGGGUGUAAAGCUCUUUAUUAGUUUUCAGUGGGGUAGGAUAGGGAUUGAUAGAAGGGGAGGGGUUAAGGACAAAUGGAAGGUAUUUAUGCAUCUGAGGAAGAACAGGCUGUUAUAUGGGAAGGUCAGGGAUACCAUGAUGUUAUGGGGUUGGAGAAAAGAAGACAAGGAAGGAAAAGCAAGGGUGUACAGGCUUCAGUAAAAUGGGGGCAUGAUAGUAGGAUAUGUGGCACAUAGAGGUGGGUUGUUGGAGUGUGACUUGAGGUAUGAAUGCAUGAGUUGGGUGUGACCUAUUUGUAAACAGGCAAGGACAGUUUCCCAGUGUCUGUUCUGAUGGUAUGGGACUGACCAAGAGCAGAUGAAAGUUUGAAGUUUAUUGGUAAUCGUACAUGAUCAGGAAGAUUGCCAUUGGUUAUAUAUGAAAGUUUUGAAGUGGGGGGUAGUAGACAGUGGCUGGAAUAUUUAAAAAGCAGGGUUGGUGAGUUAUAGACAAGGCAGCAGAUCAUGCCAAGGCAUCUGCUUGUUCAUAUGCUGACAUGGCUUGGUAUCCAGCAAAACUUUACUGUUUUAUGUCAUGCAGACAGAUAAAACAACUAGUCUUGUAUCUUACAGAGACUAUAAAAGCUAUUGUGGAUAUGGAGGACAGGGCCAGGAAGAGAAGGAUGUUUGUCUAAUAGUUUCUAAAUCUACCACCAGAUUGCAGAGACAGGUGUAGAUGAUUUUAUGGUUAAAGGUUAGAAGAAAUAAAUGUGCUAGACAUUAAAGGUCAUAUAGCACUAUAAUAAGGUAUUGUGGCAAAAUGGGUGGAAAUGAGUUAACAAUCAGGAUAAGGUGUGUUAGAUGUCAAAGGUUGUAGAAUGCUGUAAGAUAGAAUGGUAGUGAAAAAGGUAUAGAGGGGGAACAAAUGGAAUAUGGUGGGGAUUUGUAAAAGGGGAAGAUAUUCAAGGUACUGGGCGUUCAGAUCAAAUGAAGGCUAUGUGUCUGAGGAAGGGAGAGUAACACUGUAUGAGGAAAACUGCAAAAGAACCAUUAUGAAACAAUCAAUGGAUAUACGGGCAGAAAUGGUUGUUGUAGAAGUAGGAGAAGAAUAUGAUAAGAGAACACGGAAAGGUGGUGAAGUAUCAGGAAGAAUGUUGGAAGGGGAGGGUUCCACAGAAGGACUUUGUUGUGACAUAAUAGUCACAUGAGAAUCCAGGUGGGAGUGGUACAGAUAAUGGGAAAGGAAGAGGGAAUCAUGAUGCAUAUGGAGGAGGAGAGGAUGGGGUGUUUUUUGGGUGGGUGGAACAGGGGUAGGGGAACUUGAGGAAGGGAGGAUGAAUAUUGGCAAAUGCUUUGAAUGUAGAGCAAAUAGGAAUAGAGGGACUGGAGGGUGGAGCAUUCUCUUGGAUCAUGUUUAGGAAGUUUUGGAUGUCUUCAAUAGUUUCAGGACAGCUGUUGCAAUGGGGAGGUCUGAUGCCCGAGGAGGAUAAGGAUAAGUCCGAUAUGCGAAGCUGAGCUUCGCCCGGGCUAUGCCAAUGAGGGGAGCCCGGCCUGUGUCGACUAAUGCCGACUCGCUAACGUGUGUCAGCUGGUGCUGACUCGUCUUAGUCCUUACCCGCCAUGGUGCCCAGUCACAGCAGUAACCUCCAGGCGACAAUUACAACUUCUCGCGCCUGGCUGGGUGGCCAAAAUGCCAACAUUUCUGACAUUGACAGGGAAGAAGUUGAUUUGGUCAGACAGAGUAGGACAUUCCAUCAAUAUAAAUUUAAUAGGGGAGGUCAUGUUUACAGAAAUGAAUCAUGGCAAUAUUGAUGUGGGGCAUACGUUGGCCUCUGGGAGGAAUAGUGUAGCACUGGACUGCUACUACAUCACAGUCAACAAGGCAUGGGAGCAAGCCAUUUUCAGUCUGACCAGUCCUUGUCACAGAUAGGACAAUCAGUUGGGGAGACUGAAACAGUUCUGGUACAAGUAUUAAGGGAGGAGUGAGGUUGCUAGUGAGGUCAGUCAGGGUAUAUAGUGUACGAGCUUGGGACUCAGAUGUAACUGUGACAAGGCGUGAACAAUAGGAACGACUGUGAAAAGAAACUUUGCCUGCUUGUUGGAAGAGAAGGGUAUUAUCAGAGUACUUGACUGUAGGGGAUUCACAAAGAAGAGAUCCCACUUGGCUGGGCCAAAAAGGGUACUCAAAAGGUUUGCAGAGAUGGAAGCAGUAAGAUGAAGGCAGGAGGAAGAUGGAGAUGGAGAGAGGUAGUACUGUUGGGAGGAGGACAAUAGGGAUGAAGAGUAGUAAUAAGUGGGGUGAGGGAAGACAAUGAAGAAGACUGUGCAGUACACUGAGUGGAGGAUGUUGAGGGAGAGGAAGGGGGUGUAUUCUGAAGGAUAGUAAUGACCUGGGUGGAUGAUUUGGAAUGGACUGAGUUGACUGCAGACAGAGGAGGGGGUAUUAGUAUCAGUGGUCAAACCCAUGUGUCAAGUCAAAUUUAGAUAAGCUAGUUGAUAAAAAGGCAAGCCUUAAUAAAUGGGAAGAAGAAACAGUUGACCCCUCAGGGUCCCCAUGAGGGGUGAGGGCUAGGCAAGUAACCAAGGGAAUACCAUGCCCAUGGCUCUCACACCUUAGGAAGAGGACAGAAGAGGUUAGAGAAGAGAAGGAAAAGGAAAGGGGGAGAGGAAAAGACUGCAAAAUUGGUUAAACCAAGGGCUGAGGCCCAAGGUAGGUGAGAUCCCCAACAUUGGGCAUCAAUCUCCCUCUCCUAAGCCCCCCCCCCCCCCCACAACAAUGGGCAAGGGAUUGGGGGUACCAAACAUGAGAGGAAUGUUGAGUAUAUAAAAUUCAAAGACUAUAUAAAGAGCAUCAUUCGUAUAUUUAUUCAUUUAUUCGUGUUUUCUUCUUUUGAAUAUUUAUAUACACAUAAUUUCUGUUUUCCUCUCACACAGACAAUCAGUUAGCAUUCACAUCCAGUAAACAUUUUCAUUAACACUGUGUUAUUAGUAUCAUUAUAUAUUGUAUAAAGUGAGAAUCAGAUUUAUAAAUCAAAGAACCAUGAUCACACAAGCAAACAUCUAAAUCAAUCGCACAUAAAUUCAUUUUUUCGAUUACAUCAAAACUCAAAUUGUUUUAAAACUAUAGGCCUCCCACUACUCAACUCCAAGAAAUCUCCUCCCCAAAGUAUUGGAGGAGAACUUUUAAGUAAUGAUAAUGAUGGUGAUUGUGAUUAAUAAAAAUAACAAUAAAAUAAUAAUAAUGAUAAAAAUAAAAAUUAAAGAAAAAUAUAUGACAAAAAAAAAAAA